UGCUGCCUGACGCCGCAAUAUCAGCGUUGAGCGCUCUCUUCUAUGAGCGGUACAAGCCUGCAAGUCAGCAUUACAUUCUCCAGUUUGGAAAACAGAAAAAGGAUCUCAUAUAGGUGAACAGUAAGUUAUGGGGAAAAUGGCCCUCGUCAUCUUCCUUCUACCUCUGAUACUUCCACUUAUUCAUGCCCAAACAUUGCACUGGGGCCCUUGCCCAACUCCAAUGGUCCAGCCCAACUUUGACCUCAACAGGUAUCUUGGGAAAUGGUAUGAAAUUGAAAAGCUGCCUGCAAGAUUCGAAAGAGGAAAAUGCAUUGAAGCAAACUACGCCAUCAGACCUGACCAUUCAAUCCAAGUGCUCAAUCUCCAGACAUACAAAGGGAAGGUGAGAUCAGCUGAAGGAACCGCAGUCAUACAGGACAUCAGGGAACCUGCGAAGCUCGGAGUCAGCUUCUCCUACUUCACACCCUACAGUCCCUACUGGGUCCUGUCCACAGACUACACUAGCAUGGCUGUUGUGUACUCCUGCACAGACGUUAUGAGGGUCUUUCACAUCGACUACGCUUGGAUUCUUGGCCGUGCGCGCAUUCUACCCCCGGAGCACGUGUUCCGGGCCAAGGAACUUUUCUAUCGUGACAAGAUUGACAUCAGCCUCAUGAAGGAGACAGACCAAACCGUCUGCGAUUGAGGCCUUUAAGAUAUGAACUUGUAUAACUUCUGUCCCUUCUGCAGGAUCUUUUUCUCUCACAUUUGAAAUGAAUUACAGAAUGUUAAAGGAUAUUUCUAUUAUUUACGUUGGCCUGAAUAAAAAUGUAAGCUAAUAUAAAGUAAACAGAAGGUGAAAUGGCUUUUUUUUUACUGAUUUGAUUUAUU